AGUUACGUAUAGUCACGAAACGCAGGAAGGACACGAAACGAUGGCGGGGAGAGCAUGUUACGCUGUCGCAUUGUGCGUUCUCGUUUUACUACAAGUUGUGAGUAUACGCGUAGAGGGCGUUCCGUGCGACCACGAGUACAACCUAAUCUGCUACUUCUGGCCGGAGCCGCAAAGCCCCCACCGCUGGGGCGACGGCUACUACGACUUCCAUCACAUCAUGGCGGAGGACGUGUCUGACCUGUGCACUCACAUCUUCAUCGUAGAAGUGUUGGAAGCGGGAGGAGGAGGAGGUCAUUCUCCCGGCCACCCCGACUCGGGAGGUGGAGGUGGAGGUGGAGGUGGAGGUGGAAGUGGUUUGGUGGACUCCCUGAACAACGCCUUGGCGGACGCCGUAUCGCGGACGGGCGAAAUUCACAAGCACGGAACCGGAGGCGGAACCGGAGGCGGAACCGGAACCGAUGAUUCUGCCGUCCCGAAUCAGGACCAUCCUCACGGCGACGACGACGAGUGCUGGCCUCUGGUGUUGGUGUCGUUCAAGGCGAUGGGUCAUUUCUUCUACGAAUUUUUCCAUCAACUGGAUCAUGCUCAAGCGUUCGGUUUUGCAAUCGGGCUCGUUUCGGAGUUGCGUGCCGGGGGAAUUGACGGGCUGGAACUGGACUGGGAAUGGCCGCAUGCCGACGACAAACUCCUCUACGCUGACAUCUUUGAGAUAUUCAGGGCUGCCAUCUACCAGGAGGCGGACGAUUCGGGCGGCACGCCGUUGUUGCUGUCCGUACAGGCUCCCGCUGAGCUCCACCUGGUGCACGAUGGGUUCGAUGUCCCACGCAUUUCCAGCUACGUCGACAUAAUCAACCUACAGACGUACGAUAUGUACUCCGACCAUCACUCCUACAUGUGGACGCACACGGGCCAUCACAGCGGCCUGUAUGCCUCCGGUAACAGCCUGGCAAGCUACCAGAACGUCGACAACGCCGUACAACACUGGAAGAACCACGGAGCGGACCAUCACAAGCUGCAUCUGGGACUACCGACGCACGCCGUGACGUUCCAUCUGCCGUCGUCGUCGUCCGAUCGCUCACUAGGGGCGCACGCGUCGGGACCCGGUCACCGGUCGCUGUACACGCAGACGGAAGGCAUGAUGGCGUAUUUUGAGCUUUGCAGUAAUUUCGUGAUACUCGAGCAUCAGCAUGGAUGCGUUGACUCUACACUGCAACCGGACAUGAAGGUGCCGUACGGUUACUUGGAAGAUCAGUGGUUCGCGUACGACCACGUCGGUAGCUUCGAGACCAAGGUUUCGUACCUGAAAUCGGAGCAUUUGGGCGGAGCCAUGAUCUCCGACAUCAGUAUGGACGACUUCAAUCACUUCUGCUCCGUGGAGACCUACCCGCUCAUCCGCGCCGUACAGGAAGAGUUGGAGAACGGAGGCGGCGGCGGCGGCGGCAACCCGUGCAGCGGCGGCACUGGACACUGGCCACACGCAGGCAACUGUAAAAAGUUCUGGGUUUGCUUGGUCCAACAAGGAAACGUUCAGAAGUGGUUGAUGACCUGCGCUCCUGGAACACUGUUUAACUCGAACUUGCGUAUAUGCGUACACGAUACGCUAGAGAGCCAUGCGGAGUUCUGUCAUUAAGAGCUGUUACGUUUAUAAAUUACCGGGGGAGGGUGUUACGAAGGGGAGGGGGAGGAGGGAAGACGCGAUUUUUGCACCAGGGAGACGUACACAUUUUACAUACCAGGGUAUUUGCUUAUUUAGCAUAUGUCGUGUGCUAUUUUCAAUAAUCUUCAAUAGCCGAGCUCGUAGAGCACAGGCGUUACGUCUGAAAGGUCGUUUGUUCGAAUCGUUUUUUAUUUUUAUGUUUAGGGUUAGGUUAGGGUUCACAAUGCGAAGUUGCGCCCUACUACCGUUCGGCUAUUUCCGGAAAAAUGUGUAUUUCUCCCCGGUUUUGCGAUUCGGAAGACGCAUAUUCUCGAAUUUCGUCGCAUAGAUGGCGCUACGUACAAGAUCGUUGUACAUUGGACAUGGUUAUGUUUUUGUUUUUUAAUUUUAACGUUAGUUUUCUAGAAUAUGCUGAUCAAAGAAUAGUAAGUUUAUAAAUAAGCUUAUAGUUAUCUGUAUCUAGGAAAAACUGUUAAUAAAUUGUUAUUGUAGUGAACAAAUAAUA